AUGGGUAAGAAGAACUCCAAGCUGAAGCAAGACACAAUCGAUAGACUGACGAGUGCCACUUACUUUACCGAAAAGGAGAUAAGACUUUGGCACAAAGGAUUCCUGAAAGACUGCCCGAACGGUCUACUUACGGAACAGGGCUUCAUUAAAAUCUACAAACAGUUUUUCCCGCAAGGCGACCCCAGCAAGUUUGCGUCGCUAGUUUUUCGAGUGUUUGAUGAAAACAACGAUGGGUCCAUCGAGUUCGAGGAAUUCAUACGGGCAUUAUCGGUGACGUCAAGAGGAAACCUCGACGAAAAAUUACAUUGGGCCUUCCGUCUUUACGACGUAGACAACGACGGUUACAUAACGCGAGAAGAAAUGUAUAACAUAGUGGACGCUAUCUACCAGAUGGUCGGGCAAACACCGCAACCUGAGGACGAGAACACUCCUCAGAAGCGAGUUGACAAGAUCUUCGAUCAGAUGGACAAGAACCACGAUGACCGACUAACUCUGGAAGAGUUCCGUGAAGGCAGCAAAGCGGACCCUCGCAUCGUGCAGGCUCUAUCUUUGGGAGGAGAUUAA